AUGGAAGGUGCCCUGCACGUCCGACUCGACAUUCGAAGAAUAGACGGUCACCUCCCGUUGGAUUUCUUCCUUCUCGAGGCCGCUGCGAGUGCCAGUACAACCUUUGUCCUUAUUUUGGACUCCACAUUUCCUGUUGUUCCACUGUCAGAUACCUGGAUACGACAGGCAAUCGAGCAAAUUGAAGCUAUCCCCGUGCCAGUCGGACCAUGUGGCUACGAUGUCUAUGAAGGGGUCGGCAACAUAGCGCCAAAAUCAAACCUUGUAGACAUGCUGUACCCUCCCAUGCUAAUCUCUCGUGCAAGUGCGUAUGCAUCGCUCAACGGACUCGGAAGGAGCCCAUCAGUCUGGGUAUCGCUUUCAGGACGCAUAUCCCAGGAAUCGAAUCUAAAUGCGGGUGGAUUUGCAUUGUUGGUGGAUGACGAAGUUUGCGACAAGAGGAUCCCUCUUUCAAAUUUGCCAAUCUAUGCUUCAGAUCGGGAGAGAAUCAAAUUCGGAAUUUCAUUCGGGAGCACUCUACAACUUGAAUUGUUCCAAACCACCUAUUGCGACUUGGCAGCUCGAGGACAUCAACUAGUGGCAACACUUGCCGAGGACGUUGCCUAUAGUCUCGCCGAAGACGAAGUCUUCCCAACUCAAACCUGCUACAUUCGAUACCAGCGUGAAUCCCAAGAGUGGAAUCGCCGCUGGACCCAGUUUGACGUGGUUCUCAUACUCUCGAAUCGCUUUCCUCCACUGGGUUUCGCCUCAAAGAGUCGGAGGUAUGGUUACGAAGAUACUGUUUUCGUUCAUCUAGACGAGCAAGACUUACAACACUGUGCUUGGAUGGCAACGCUCUCCCUGAAUGAGUGGAAGGCUUGGCAUCAGCCUAAUCUAGAAAUAACUGUCAUUACCAACACUCGGCCGCGAUCGCUCAGUCGACUCCUCGCCUCCUUGAACUCUGCGCUCUACUUUGGGCACAAUACAAUUCCGCUCACUAUUUGCAUGGAGCUCACGGCAGACCCGGAUACUCGUCACAUUGUACAAAACUUCACCUGGGGUCAUGGAAGAGUGCAUGUUCGACAUCGGGUAGUAAUGGGGGGAUUGAUUCCAGCGAUUGUUGAGUCUUGGUACCCAUCGAGUGACCAUAGUUAUGGACUCAUACUAGAAGACGACGUCGAAGUAUCUCCUCUGUACUUCGCAUGGAUUAAAAUGUCACUUUUGCGGUACCGCUACGGCUCUGAGGCCGAGACUCGACCGUCUCUCUAUGGAAUUAGCCUAUAUUCUCCAAAGAACAUUGAAUUAAGACCAAAGGGGAGAAUACCAUGGUCCGCUCAAUCACUUUUCCGCGAAGAAGAUCUAGCCCUUCCUCAAUCACCUUACCUCUCGUCAACGCCUUGCUCCUGGGGUGCUGUUUACUUUCCAGAAGUAUGGAGAGAGUUUCACGACUACCUGGUACUUCGACUCUCGGAGCAAUUUGUUCCCUUGGACGCAAUCAUUGUUCCAAACAUCCGUUCAAAUCGCUGGAAGAAGAGUUGGAAGCGCUUUUUCAUUGAAAUGGUCUGGAUUCGAGGUCUAGUCAUGCUCUAUCCCAACUACGACGAUUUCGUUUCGUUUUCAACCAAUCAUUUGGAGAUUGGAUCGCAUGUCGCCGACGCCUCUGCAAAGGCAAGGAAGAAGGCUCUGUUUGUGGUGCCUCUCAUGUCACUAGAGGAAGGCCGCACACUCCUCGAACAACUCCCCAGCCAUGAAUUGCCACCACUUGAUUCACUUCCUGUUGUCGACUUCUUUGGCAACUUGACCUCCAUCCAAGAGUUGCGAAGUCUUGGGGUCGGCAAAUAUUCAGAGAUAUGUCAACGUGACUGGACGCCUAUACGACAUGAUAUCGCUGAGCUCUGGUGCAUAUCUUCCUAUAACACUGUAGAACCGUCUAUGUUCGAACGAUGA